UUAAGUGAAGAAAGAUGGGAACAGUGGGAAGGAAUAUCGCGGGACCAUUGCUGUUUUUGAACUUGAUUAUGUAUCUUAUUGUUAUUGGCUUUGCUAGUUGGUGUCUCAAUAACUACAUCAACUUCUCUACUCAUCAUCCUGGAUUGGGAGGCAACGGGGCAACAUCAUUUUUCCUAAUCGUUUCAAUCUUGGCUGGAGUAAUUGGGGUUGUCUCCAAGUUAGCAGGAGCUAACCACAUUAGGGCAUGGAGGAAUGAUAGUCUUGCUGCUGCUGGAUCGUCGGCGCUCGUUGCGUGGGCCCUCACCGCACUUGCCAUGGGAUUGGCUUGCAAAGAAAUCAAUAUUGGAGGGUGGAGAGGAUGGAGGCUAAGAGUACUAGAAGCAUUUAUCAUUAUCCUUACAUUCUUCGAGUUGUUCUACGUCUUAGCCAUUCACGCCGGUCUAUUUAGUAGCCGGUAUGGCCCCGGUUAUCGAGAACAUGAUUACGGCAUGGGAGUUUCGGGCACCACAGUGGAUCCAAAGGGAACCACAACUAGGGUUUGAAAUAAUAACCUAUGUAAUAGCUAUCCCUUGUAGUAUCUAUCCAUAGAUGGGAGUAGAAAAAUAUGCACUUAUAACUUUAUGAUAAUUUUCAGACUCUUAGGGUUUUUUCAUAUCCCUUUUGAACAUAUGAAGGUUAUGAUGUUUCCUGUAUCUUGUGUCAUUUUGUAUUUCAUGCGUCUAUGCAUGUGUUUGUUGUGCGUAGGGAGUUUGAAAGUUGUAUCUUCGUACUUUCUAAGACGUUUUUAUGUAUGGAUGUUUUUAAUGUUUUAACUAAUUUUCGUA